GUCUUCCAAGAUGGCCGCGCCCACUAGAUCUCGCAGACCAGUGAGUCAGUUUAAAUAAUCGUUAAGGAUCUGUAUAUUGCUACCAACAGCUUGAAAGAGAGUCAGAUGAGUUCGUAAGAAAGCUUAUCUCCUCCUCAGCGCAUCCGACAUGAGCAAGAACGAUUUGAUCCUCCCCAAGGACUUUCCUCAGCUGAAAAACGAUGCUUUCCUGCGGGCAGCGAAAGGAGAAGAAACGGAGCAUGUCCCAGUCUGGUGUAUGAGACAGGCUGGAAGAUACCUGCCAGAGUUUCGUGAGUCUCGAGCAGGAAAGCACUUCUUUGAGACGUGUCAGUCACCAGAGGCCUGCUGUGAGCUCACCCUGCAGCCUCUGAGACGUUUCCCUUUUGAUGCUGCCAUCAUCUUCUCUGACAUCCUCGUUGUACCACAGGCCUUGGGUAUGGAUGUCCAGAUGGUGCCAAAUAAAGGUCCAACAUUCACAGACCCCCUGAAGGAGCCUGAGGAUUUGCAGCGACUACGGCCCAAAGUGGACGUUGCCAAAGAGCUGGGCUACGUCUUCAAAGCCAUCACGCUGACCAGACACAAGAUAGAGGGCAAAGUGCCUCUCAUAGGAUUCACAGGAGCACCGUGGACACUCAUGUCCUACAUGAUAGAAGGCGGCGGCUCCAACACCCACUCCAAAGCAAAGCGCUGGUUGUACCUCCACCCUGAGUCCAGCCACAUGCUGCUGAGGAUGCUGACGGAUGUGAUCGUUGAGUACCUGCUGGGACAAGUAGCAGCUGGAGCUCAGGCUUUGCAGGUGUUUGAGUCCCAUGCCGGCAUUCUGGGACCAGUAGAGUUUAAAGAGUUUUCUCUGCCUUACCUCCGAGACAUCGCUCGCCGUGUCAAAGACAAACUAAAGGAGGAAGGACAGGAUGUUCCCAUGAUUGUAUUUGCAAAGGAUGCUCACUACGCUCUAGAAGAUCUUUCUCAGUCUCAUUAUGAGGUGGUCGGGCUGGACUGGACUAUUGACCCACAAUUAGCACGGGAGCGCACUGGAGGGAGGGUCAGCCUGCAGGGGAACAUGGACCCUUGUGCUCUGUAUGCGCCAAAGGAUCGCAUUUCUGACAUUGCAAAGAAGAUGUUGGAGGGUUUUGGCACAAAAGGCUACAUCGCCAACCUGGGCCACGGCCUCUACCCCGACAUGGACCCAGAGAACGUGGGCGCCUUCGUGGAAGCUGUGCACCAGCACUCUAAAGUCAUGAUUAAACAGAUGUAAAGACAGAUGUGCCAAAUGAAUUAAUGAAGAUGCUCUAGUUUUCAUUUUCCUUUUUUUUUUUUUAAAUGUUUAAUAGACUAAAGAGCUGACCAUCUUUGAUUCUGUAUUUCAAUGUUCUGUCAUCCAGAUUUUUAACUGUGAGACUGCACAAGAAGAAAAACAAAAACAUUUCCAUUUAUUAAUAUUAAGUGAAAAACAUUCAAAUCAACAUGCAUUCCCAUCUCCCGCAGCUUUUCAGGAUAAACAUGUUGGUUUUCUAAGACAAGAUUUUCUCUUCAUCUAUAAUGUGUUUAUCCGACUAGGAGUAGAUUAUAUCUUUGGAUUAAAAAAAAAAGAGAGAAUUUAGCUUGUAAAUGUAUACAUGUAUAUACAGCACAUCUUAUGUGUUAUGAGGUCACAUUUGUUUUACUAUUUUAUCUGCUGGGAAAAAUGAUCUAAACCGCUUUGACUGCGAUCAUGUAUGAAGUAUUUUAAUAUUUUUGAAGCAGUCUCAGUUUUACUGCAGUGUUUCUGAAUACAAAACAUUUAAAUCCAUUUUAAAAAUGAGCUCGUCAGAAAGCCAAGCAGCUUCUUUUUUAAAAAAAAAAACAAAAAAAAAAGGUUGUUAAACGGACAGUGCUGCAGUUAUAAAAAUGGAUUUUUAAGGAAAAAUGUCAGCAUGUAGCUUCUGAUCAUUUCACUGCCUAACAUCUUAACUAAACCAAUCCCCUGCUGGAUCGCAGCAUGAAGAGCUUUUAUGUCUUUUUCUUUUUUUUAUCCCACUGAUUGAAAAUCUUUCAAGAAAUAGAAAUUUUUACAGCAAAGAGGCCUUAUGUUGCUUUGUCUUUUAUUUAGCCUGAAUGUGAUGAUUUUUUUUCUUUUUUAAUCUACACACACACACACACUGAUUUAGCCCCCUUAAAAAAAUUAAUUAAGAAGUAAAUGACAUUAAAGUCCUGACUGAAUGGUUGAGUGUGUUGAAGUGCCUGGAUAGUUUGAACACACCCGUGGUUUUUCUUAAUUUAUUUGUUUUUUAAAAGGGAAUGGGAGAGUGGGUCCCAUUUUAAUAAAGAUAUAUUGUUAUUUACUGUCA